AUGAUGAAUCCUCAAACAGACAAGAUAGUGAGGAGGACAACAAUGGUAGCCACUGCUGUUGCUUCUUAUUUCCUCUUAACUGCUGAUUAUGGUCCUGAACCCAAUGCUUUUGAACCUCCUUUCAAACCUCCACUCUCACUUUCUUCCAGCUUUAUCCCCAAAACUCCCCUAAAACUACGCCUAACGACCUUUCCCUCCAAACCCCAAAAACCCAGCACUCCUUCCUUCAAAACCCUCUCCUCUCUCUCCCAAACCCCACCAGAAACCCCCUCAAAAACUAUAACCAUAAUUUCACUUCUGCGAGCUAUCCCUGACUGGGCUGAUAGAAUAAAAGAGAGAGGAAUGCGAAAAAAUAGAUCUUUAUACAACCAUGAAAAAUGGGUUGACCAUAGAAGUUCUCUCCGCCACAUAAGACAUUUGCUUUCAAGUUUAUCGUCGCGGGUGAUUUUAUCUUUGAUUCCACCGGUUAUUGCAUUUACUUCAGUGGCUGUCGUUAUUGCAAGUUAUAAUUAUGCUGUGGAAAUGGAUUUCUUUCCUGGUUUUUUCCCUGUUUUAAGAGCUUCUCCAUUGCCUUAUCAGUUGACAGCUCCUGCAUUGGCGCUUUUGUUGGUGUUUAGGACUGAAGCAUCGUAUUCUAGGUUUGCAGAGGGGAAGAAGGCCUGGACUAAGGUGAUUUCUGGAACUAAUGAUUUUGCUAGGGAGGUUAUUUCUGGGGUUGAUAGUUCCAGCAAUUCCGCCCUUAAAAAUGAGCUUUUGCGCUAUAUUAUGGCAUUCCCCAUAGCACUUAAGUGCCAUGUGACUUAUGGUUCAGAUAUUGGCCAAGACCUCCGAAAUUUACUUGAAGCAGGUGAUCUAGCAGUAGUUCUCAAAUCUAGGCAUCGGCCUCGCUGCAUUAUUGAGUUCAUUUCUCAAUGCCUUAAAUUACUGAACUUGGAGGAAUCAAAGAGAAAUUCACUGGAGUCAAAAAUCUCUUGUUUCCACGAAGGAAUUGGUGUAUGUGAACAACUCAUAGGUAUCCCCAUUCCACUAUCAUACACUCGCCUAACAUCAAGAUUUCUGGUCCUCUGGCAUUUGACUCUUCCUGUUAUACUUUGGGAUGAUUGCCACUGGAUGGUAGUCCCGGCCACUUUUAUCAGUGCUGCUUCCUUGUUCUGCAUAGAAGAAGUUGGUGUUCUUAUCGAGGAACCAUUUCCAAUGUUGGCCCUUGAUGAGCUAUGCAAUGCAGUUCAGAGCAACAUUUGGGAAGCAAUUGCAACUGAGAAAGAGAUUCAAGCACGCCUUGUUGCUAAAAGAAAGAGUUAUUCCUGUGAGCACUCAACAAAUGGUUGGCCAAACUCCUAA